AUGCAGUUCAGCAAACCACAAGCAGCACAUGCCGCCGAGCCGCCAUCGGCGGCGCCGGAGGAUUCAUGGCCGUGCGGGCAUGGCGUGGCGAUCCGAGACAUCAACCGAGCCCAUGAACUGAUGACCCAGCUGCAUGCUGUGUUGCUUCAGUUCCCCGCCGGCUCCACCUGGUCGCGAUUGGGCGGCAACAUCAUCAAGGACAUACUGAAGCUCACCACGUCGGCCCUCGCAGCCCUUCAAUCCAGCGAGCGGCUCGCCGGCGAGAAGAGGAAGGCUGUUGCUGCCUCUACUACUACUUGGGUCAAGAGCAGGAAGGAGGAAGAUAAAUGGGCAGUAGUGACGACGGUGCCCUACGAGGAUGGUCACCAGUGGCGCAAGUACGGACAGAAGUCUAUCAACAAUGCUGAGCAUCCAAGGAGCUAUUUCAGAUGCACAUACAAAGAGGAGCAAGGCUGCGAGGCCAAGAAGACGGUGCAGCAAGAAGACGGCCAUGUAGAUCCACCAAAGCUUACCGUGGAAUACACCGCUCGUCAUACCUGCAAAUUAUACGAGUCCACAGCAGGUCUCCCUUUUCAAAAGCCGUCUCGGCCGCCUCCGACCUCUGAUCGCCCGAUCACGUCAUCUUCUCCAUCGCUUGUAGCUGCUAGUACCGGUACUAAAGUCGACGAUCGGAGCCCUGAGAAGGGCUCCUUCAAUGGGGAUCUUAAUCUGCAUGAAAUGCUUGACGAUUGGGAUUGGGAGUUGGAUGAUUUGCUGGGCCGGACAAGUGGUACUCUGGAGCUGGACAUGUUGUUUGGAGAUGAUUGCCAUGAAUGGUAUUAAUUAAGUGCAGUGAGAAGAUGGGGCAUCCGGCGUGUUUGGAGAUCAGGCAUGGGUGGGAGCGAGAAGAUUGGAGGAGAUGGGGGAUUCGCGUGCUAGUACCGGU